AUGUCUCCCUUCAAUCCUCACACUUCUGCCUUUUCUCAUUUCCGCUCCACCAUGUGGCAGCUCUGGAAUCCCAGUGGGCCUGACGGCUGUUUCAGCCCUAAUGAGAGAGGAACGGCGGUUCGUCAAGUGGGCGGGCUGCCGCAUGUGACAAAACGUCUGUCUAACGCAGUGCCAUCUUUUUCUCCCGUCCGCGGUAGUGGGACUCAAGGCAAGUCUCUGUGCUCAGUUGUCGCUUCUUCAUCCUUUCGAGCUGCCUAUGGUGCGCUCUUGGUCGUCGUGGUCUCUCUGGUUUCACUGCCAGCGUUAGCUGGUUCCUCGGAGGGCUCUGUACUUUCCGCGGCGGGCAUCACCACAGCUUCUGAGGCAGUUGCCUCUUCUGAAAGAUCUGUUUUGCGGGGGGCCGUGUCCAAAGGCACAUUCCUCCAGUCCAUUGCCCCCCAUGACAAUGAAGCAAGCGGUCGUGAAAUGAAUGCUGAGGCUCCCGACCUCUCUGGUAACAAUGUAAUUGCGAUGGCUAACGCGUUCAACCACAGCAUUGUGGAGCCAGUUGCGAAAAAAGCGGGAGAAACUGUCGCAAUGAUUGCAGCAGACGUCGCGGCUGCAGUCUCCGCUGCCGGAGGAGCAGCUGCGCCUGUGAACGAUGGUGGCAGUUUCAUUCAGACGAACGCAAAUGUACUGGGUCGGGGUGCAGGUGAAAGCGCGGGACUUUUUUCUGCGGGCCGGGCCCGCGUUUUGCGACAAAAACUUGGACGGAACAUCCGUGCGUCGAACAAGCAAGAACUCAACACGCUGCACGCCUCCGGGAACGCGACUCGCUCGUCACCCCCCACGUCUGUUCCCGCUGGAAGCACUCCUGGAGCGCCGGACUCCACGGCAGAGCAUGCGAAGACCUCGCAGAUCCAGACGCCGUCCAGCUCUGUGGCUCCGACUCUUCACCCUACCCCAGUCCCGUCGCCAGAGCAAACUCAACAGCAAGUGCAGACGCAACAGCCAACUCAAGAGGCACAGCAACAGGUAAUCGAUGCACAGAAGCAGGCAGAAGAGGCACUGGAAGAAGCUGAGGCCGCGCUGGAGCAGGCUCACAAGGCACAGGAGGCGCUAGGACAGGCCACUGACCCGCAGCAUGUGGAACAGGUGGAACGGGCCGAGCAGGCACUGCAGCACGCACAGGAGGCACAACAGCAGGCGCAAGAGCUGCAACAGCACGCGCAAGAGCUGCAACAGCAACUUCAGUCCGAGCAGGAAAAACAUGAGGAACAGCUGCCUCAGGAUAUCCCGCAGUUGCUCAACCAAGGACCGGCUGUCACUCCAGGCAACACGGUGACACCCAGCGCUACGACGGCAGUGUCCGCGAAACUUCACGAAAUGGCAGUGCAGCAGAUAGAACAAUUGCGAAUGCAACAAAAAUCAAUUGACAUCGACAUGAAACACUUGAAGGCGGUGGCGAGUCACAUUGCCGAGCAAGAGCGACGCGCCGCCGAGGUGCUCGAAAAGAUCGAAUGCGCUUCUGGAAACGGCCAGGGUCCAUGUGACACCGACGCGGUAUACACAAUGAACACAAACCCUCGACCGGUUGAGCGCCCAUACCCAACCGAACAGACCAUCGACACGCAACCGGUGCGUCAGGCUCAACAUCAUCUCGAACCCCAGGUGGCCCCUGAGUCUGCCUCUCCUGCGGAGCAAGAGGCGACCCCAGAUUUCAUGCGGGCAGCAGGUGUGCGGCCAAUGCCGGAGCGGGCACCCCCUGCUGAGACCGUGGAGACCCCCGAGUCUGAGGCUCCUGUCCAAGGGGAGAAGACCACCGAGACUGCCUCACCCGACGGGGAGGCAACGACCUUUGAGUUGACCCCGCCUGCUGCAGGUGUGCGGCCAAUGCCGGAGCAAGCACCUCCUGCUGAGGCGCACGAGAUCGUUGAGUCUGAGGUGCCUCUCCAUGAGGGGAAGGGUCCUGAGAGUGUCCCAGCUGGCCGGCAAGGGCCGAGCGCAGGGGAUAUCUGA